AUGCAUUUGAACUUCGCCACUCAGGGCAUCUACAUGUGGGCGAUCGGCCUCGUCAAGAUCUCCAUUGGGCUGUUCCUCUUGCGCUUUGCCCCGCGAAAGGGCUAUAAGAUCUUCAUAUGGGUUAUAAUUGUGCUCAUGCUCCUCUAUACAACGAUUUGCUUCUUGACCCUCAUUUUCCAAUGUAAAGAUAUCCGGAGUAUCUGGGACAUGUCGGUAAAGUCGAAAUGUUUUACCCCAACGCAAUUGCUGGAGUUGAGCUAUACCAAUACCGCGCUGAAUAUUUUGACGGAUCUGAUCUUCGCUAUCCUCCCGGCCUUUAUGUUAAGGAUACGUAACAGACACCUUCAGGUGAAUCGCCGGGUCAAAGCCUCGCUGGUUUGUAUUCUGGGUCUGGGGAUCUUUGCCUGCGCCGCCGCAUUUGUCAAACUCUCAGUCCUCCCCAACUACGGCCGCACGGGCGAUUUCCUCUGGGACUAUUCCACACUCACAAUUUGGGUCGUCGUCGAAUCCAACAUGGGUAUCAUCGCUGGCAGUCUCCCAACCUUAAAACCCCUCUUCAAACAAGUCCUCGGCAGCUAUGGCUCCCACUCCAAGACCCGCCCCUACAACACCUACGGCAGCAAACAAUACCGACUCCGCUCCCUCUCCCGCUCCCGCCAAGGUCAAUCUCAAACCCUCCACAGCGCGCCCCAAAGCCGCAUCGAAGUCGAGGCAGACCAGAAGCUCCCAUCCUCCCGACACUUCGCGACAACAGCGACAACAACCACAACCACAGCCACCACCUACCCCGGAAACGAUGGCAGCAACUCCAGCGAAGAGUAUAUCCUAUCGCCCACCGACCCGGAGGGUAUCAUGUGCACCACGGAGGUAAUGGUAUCGCAUACUGCGGAAGCGCGAAAUCCCGCACGGGGGAAGAAGUCGGCACAUUUUGGUGGCGAUGAUGUGGUUUAG